CGGUGUCGUUUAGGCAGCUCAGAUUUCGCCACCAUUUUCUUUCCGCUUCUGCAUAUACUCCUUUUAUUCUUCUGGAAGAAUUUGAGGUUUCUGAAUAAUAUCGUGAUGUUAGGUUAGAUUCAUACCUUUUCAUACCUUUUCCUCUCAAUUUUUUUUGCUUUUACUCUCAGUGAAAGGGGAUUUUGGCAGUUCUUUUGUGAAUUGAUCUUCUCUCAAACAGAGUUUGAAACUGGAUCCUGUGAAGCAUAACCUCAGAAUUCUGGCCUUUGAUUGAGUUAUAACUUAUGAUUCGAAGGUUGUAGUUCCCGCUUGAUGAGAUUAAGCAUCUUUGACCUGCUGAAGAAUCAUGACCAUGAAGGAAAAUUGUAAAGAAACCACCUUUGACUCGAGAUGUUUAGGGAAAAAAACUGAUACAGUAGCAUUUGGAAGUAAAGAAAGAUAUGCGGCAAAUGAUUCUAGGAUGGAUGCCAGUCUAACAGAAUUAGAGGCAAAAGAUAGAGAUGACUGUUCAAACUUUAGAGUUGUGGAUGACUCUUCUAUUGAUAAUGAACAUGGAAUGAAAGCUUCUCUUUGGAAGGAUGGUCAAAAUGGACUCUCACAUCAUCUAAUAAUAGAUAAUGAAACAAUAUAUUUUCCUAUAAAGGAAAGUAACGAUAGACAAUCACAUCAUGUAAACAGUUGGGAUAAGGAUGCAGAAUCAUCAUCUUCUGACUCGUUUGAUAUGGAGAAAGAGCAGGGAAGUCCAGCACGGAAAAGUUUUGACACAAUUGAAGAGUUAGCAGAUUGUAAUGUAAGUGAUUCCAGAGAAUCCAGCUCUCCAUUGUUCACCGAUAACAAUGUAUUGCAAUGUGGUCUUCCAGAGUUGGAGGUUUGCUAUAGAGAGAUUGAUUGUGAAACGUCAAGGGAUAUAUGUGUGGAUGAAGGGAGGCCUGAGAAUCCAAUAGAAAGUUCUAUGUUUCCCCUGUCUUCUAAUGACAAUGAUGAUCUUGAAGCCAAGGAAGAUCCAUCGAUGGAUGCCGAUAGCUUUACUGCUGACCAAUGUGGGAGCAAAGAUUUUAAUUAUGGCAAAAUGUCCAUCUCUCGGGGAAAUCUAGACUCUUGCCUAGAGAAUGCAGUGGAGACGAGUGAAGCUUGCUUUGGUGGAGCUGGCAAGGCCGAGAGUGAUUCUUCUUAUGAUUUCCUUGCAGAUAGGAAACUUUUAAUUGAAAAAUAUUCUAGUCUGCCUGACCAGGUUCUUGAUCAAGAAGCACGAGCUGAAUGUGCUGCUUCAUCUUCAGCCGAGGCAGGAGGCAUGGGGAAUGAUGUUGGUAGCUGCCUAGCAUACAAUAGCAGGAUUGAAAAUGGAACCAUUAUUUUCUAUUUCAGCAUGGCUGAAGAUGUUAAGGAACGGUCUACUAAGUUGGGGGAUGUAAAUGCUGAAAAUCUUCCUGCUGUAAUGGAAACGAGUAUUCAGCGCACAAGCGACUUCCAGCAACAAUUCCUUGUAAGAAAUGAAUUGAAUUCUGAUAGUGGGUCCACUAGAAAGGAAGGAUCCCCUAACGAUAUACAAGCGAAUUCAGAUUAUAUUACCCUAGAUGAUGGCCUAGGUCAGUCUCCUAGCAACAAUAGCCCAGUUGCCACAAAUGAAGCAAACCACGAUAAAAGGGAAUCUGAAGAUGUUCCAGUUGCUAACCAGUUACAACAAGAUAUGGGGGAAACAAGCUUCUCUGCAGCUAGCAUGAUCACUUACGCUGGGCCAAUAGCUUAUUCUGGGAGUGUCUCUCAUCGAUCUGAUGGAAGCACAACGAGCGGAAAAUCUUUUGCUUUCCCAGUAUUACAGUCCGAGUGGAAUAGCAGCCCAGUUCGAAUGGCGAAAGCAGAUGGGAGAGGUUUUAGGAAACACAAGGGUUGGAGAUCAGGUCUCCUCUGCUGUAGAUUCUAAGUGAUAGCUUUAUUAGUGAACAAAUAUACGAGUGAAAAUUUCAGAAAUGGAGUAAUGUAAGUAUGUGUUUUGAAUUUUGAUUGUCAGAGCUGCUGCCAUGUGAUAUUUAUUUAGUGUAUACAUAGAUGAGCAGGGAUUAAGCUAUGUCCAAAGUUUUCUUUCA